CAUCCCUUAAGGGCUUCAAAGUCUCGUUCAAACACCUGAAUGCCAGUCAGGUCACUAGGCUCCUUCUUUCAAUGCUACCGCUUUAGGAAACCGAAGUGCCCGUCUCGCCCGGCCAUCGCCUGCCGAUAUUUGACAGGGUUUCCGACCAGCCAUGGGAGCAGGCAUGAGACUUCCUCGCCGCAAUCAUCUCUAAACACAACGUCACCUCCUUCACUCGCCCCUCGAUCUUCGCAAACUGUCGCUUUUCGUCCCAUAAAUGCGCAGCCGCAAGAUAGUCUUGGCCCGCAACAUUGGAAGUCUCAAGAUAUCGAGGGCUUUAGUGGUCGCGGAGUACCGCAGGAUGGACGAGGGGCAGAUGAAGCUAUUUUCUGGGGACCUGGUUGCUUCUGGCAUGAAGGUACACAUGUCAGAAGACCCAAGCCAAAGAAAUUCGAGGGCACAUGGCGAAAGCUGUACAAACGCUUGGUCCUCUCAUUCAACAAUGACCUCGAGAGAGCACGACGGAGUGUAGAACGCCACCGACAGACCGCUAUAUCCUUUGUGCGUUAUGACGACGUCGAGAAGUUGCGUGUCGCUUGGCUGGACAUGCCUAGAGUCUCCAGGCGUAAGAUGUUGCCAUGUGUCUUAAUUGGUUCGCUCGUCGACUCUGCACGGAAGACUCUUCUGAUGCUGACAAUGCUGCCUGUGCUUCCGCGAGACUGGCGAAUGCGCUGCGAAUGCCUGGCUUACCUUGAUAUGGUCCAUCGGGAAGAGAUCGAUGCAAACCCGGAUUUGCAAGCCUUAUUCUCGAAACAGAUCGACCGCAUUUCCCGAGCCGAGACGUGGCCAAAAUUGGCCGAAAUGCCUCUUCCCUUCCUUACUCUUCUCCUCCGUCAUAAUACCACGCGUCGCUGCGAAGACAUUAUCGAUGGCGUUUUUGCAGCAACGAAAUCCGUCACGGUGCCGACUCUCCUGGGUAUGGUUGAUCACUACAUACGAACAGGAAAUGCGGAGCAGGCAGUCGAACUGCUCUUUCUGAUCCCAGUUGAGCAACAUGAAGAAUAUCAGCAGAGAAUCCUCGAUCGCGUCGCAAAGGUAAUCCUGAUCGACACGAUAGUAGAAACAGAAGGAGUGCACAACUUCCAAUGGAUCCCGAAACUCAUGCAACUUGGUAUCACAAUAAACGCCAAGGUUCAUAACUUCAUAAUCGAGAGAGCCAUCGCGCUCGGCCGACCAAAUGUUGCUUGGGAAUUGUAUCGCUUCAUGGAGCGUGAGAAGAUUGACGUUGAUGCACGACGACAUUUGGUUCUGCUACGGGAUGGAUUCGAAAACAACGAACGUGAUAAGAUCGACACAAUCAUGUCGGCAAUCCACGAGCGGCCGGACUUGUUUGACGACCCGUACUUGGUAUCGUAUAUGAUGCACAUCAUCAGGGUCAUUUGUCGCGGCGAACGCAAACUGUCCACGGAGAGCUCGAUAAAUCACGUCCUCGCAGUCUACAAUAGGGCCUACAGCCGAGAGUCCUUGGUCGGGCUUGGGCUCGUUGAAGCUGUUCAAGAACUCCACGUCUCAGACCGGCAACUUCUCCAGCCAAAACCGGGGUUAUUGGCCUUUGCCAUAUGGGCAAUCACGCUUUGUCAAACUGACGAGCGGCAAGUCUCGCGAUUGUGGCACUGGAUCUUGCAUAUGAUCAAGCAGGGCGAUGCGCUUCUUCUUGAAGCAGCCAAGCAUGACGUCUUGUACAAUGGUUUCGUCCACUUUUACUGUGCUCAUCCGUCCACUCUCAGCAAUGCCUUUGGUGUAGUGCACGAGAUGGUUAACCUUGGGCACUGUUCCCCUUCCCAACGCACCUGGAGUGAGCUUCUGUACGGCACUCUCCGCUAUGGCCAAGAAGACAUGGCUCGACAUAUCUGGCGCGAUAUGCUAACAGAUGAUAUGCGCUCUAACAAGCUUUCUUGGGAAUUUCUGCUUACCAGAUUCGAGCAAUCCGCGUUCGUGCAGGAGAUGAUCCAAGAUACGAUCGAGGACAGUGAUGGGGCGUAUAUAGGGUCCAGCCAUGGUCUGAUAAAAAAGGAUGACUUGUUCACGCCUAGAUCUGGUAGCACCUGACUUUGGAGUUAUCGGACAUAGUGGAAUGGACUGCAUGAUGGAUUGGUUGCUAGAUGCAUCCAUUAGCGGCCACUUUCUAGGUGCUGAGAUCUAUGUAUAGUAUUCCUUUGUUUCGGAUGGAGGUUCAUGUUAGAGUAAUGACGGACCAAAGCUCUUAUUGAGUUCUCCUUCACCUCGUUUCUGAAUCUUUCGACUCUUGUCCAG